AUGGGUGAUCUGUAUGGAUAUGGAGAAGAUGGCACAUCUCAGGGACAUGGUGGUUUGUAUGAAUAUGGAGUAGAUGGCACAUCUCAGAAACAUGGUGACAGAACAUCACAGAGACAUGAUGGACUGUAUGAGGAAGGAGGUGAAGGCACAUCUCAGGGACAUGGCGGUUUGUAUGAAUAUGGAGAAGAUGGCACAUCUCAGGGACAUGGUGACAGAACAUCACAGAGACAUGAUGGACUGUAUGAGGAAGAAGGUGACGGCACAUCUCAAGGACCUGGUGGUCUGUAUGGAUAUGGAGAAGAUGGCACAUCCCAGGGACAUAGUGGUCUGUAUGAAUAUGGAGAAGAUGGCACAUCUCAGGGACAUGGUGGUCUGUAUGAAUAA